AUGAAGUGACACCUACAGCGGAGCACACCGCUGGCUUGCAGCAGGGACUUUUUGGCAGGGCAGGUUGUUAUGGUAACUCCUAGCCUAGCCUAGCAUACUGUAGAAGACGGAGCAUUACGUCAAGAGUGGACGGGUGCUAAGCCAAUCGCCGUCCUCGAUGAUGAGCCAGAUAAACGCUGACUGAAAGGAGGGCCCUUAUAAGCGGCGGGACACUCGCACUACGAGUGUUUUCAUCCCGAAUAUGCGCAUCUAUCGAUUAAUCUGCACUGUCAUGGUCAGUCAGAGCCCGAGGCGACACCCUGCCAACCCGCUCCUGAGCGCUUGAUGACGGGCUACGAGCAUCGCAGAUUCUGGCUGCUUGUUUUCAUCCGUUUCCAGUUCUGCACCUUGUUGGUGGAAGCAUCUCUCACGUGUCUUCCACAUCUGUAUCUGGUGCGAACAGAAGAAGGAGACGACUGUUGUCCCAAGUGCCCUCCAGCAGGAAAGAGAAUCAAAGCUGAGUGCACUGCUAGGCGCAGCACUUCCUGCGCUGCCUGUGAUGGUGGAACUUACAUGGACACGUUUACUGGAGAAAAACAGUGUCAUCAAUGUCUCAACUGUACUGAAGGAACCGGACUGAGGGAGAUCAGCUCCUGUACGAGCAGAGAAGACACUGUGUGUGAACCUCUGGAGGGUUUCUUCUGUGUGAGCGGCUCAGUGGACAGAUGUGUGGCAGCACAGCAACACUCCACAUGUGCACCAGGACAAUACAUCAGCACAGCAGGAACGUCCUCCACGGACACUGUGUGUGGAGACUGCAGUGAAGGAACAUUCUCAGAUGGAACCUUCAUGUCCUGUCAGGUUCACACACAAUGCUCAUGGCAUCUAAAACAAGGGACCAUUUCUGCAAACUCUGUGUGUCUUGACGGCGCCACCGCAGGAGCGUUGGCUUCUGUUGUUGCUGUGAUCUUCCUCAUAUGUGGUGCUGUGUUCUACUGGAUGAAAAAACAACCUGAAACAGGGACCCCACAGGUGCCUGGUGAUGACAACAACGGAAAUUCAUCACCUCUGUUAAACCAAAAUCCACCGACUGCAUCAGAUCAAAGUACUGCUGUUGGUGACAACCAUGGAAGUUCAAUGCCUCUGUUAAACCCGGCUGAAUGAGAUGAACUUGAGACCACUCCGCGCUCUUCACACAUCAACAGUCAUCAUGCUUGACAAGAUGUUGGGGAGGCAACCUGUCCUUGAUAUAUGGAAUCACCUUGCCGCGGAUGUCUUAUUUAUUCUGGGUGAUUUAUUCCGUGUUUACGAUGAAUCUUGAACGCACUACGGUACUGUCUGCGAGAACUGCCUCAUGCUGCUGCACAAUUGUGUUGUGAUUCUGUUGCCUGAGGCUUUGUUAACUGUUACUGUUACUUUUUUUAGAGGUUUCUGGCCAAAAACAUCUACCACUUUGCACUUAAAUGAUUGAAUGUGGUGUAGUGCUAAAUGCGUCGCGGCACCUAUACUGUGCUAUACUGCCAUCUGCUGUCCGAUUAAACACAUGUCGGUCAAUGACAGCAGUUUACACAUGUGGCCUCGGUCUUGUGUCACAUGAAACCUUCCAUGUAUUCAAUGUGAAGUUCACCACUAUUGAGAUGGUUUCUGUCCUGCAACGUCAUUCUCCCAUUUGGUGUCCAUUUAUCAAAUUAUUCACAAACGCAAAUGCAAAAAACCCGAAUGAUCAACGUUUUAUUAUUGCGUUGCCGUAUUUCAUAAUUGCAUACAUGCAAUGUGAUUAAAAAUCAUCACAAUUGAACAAUCUUUGUUUGAAACAUGCGGUUGCAAUCAUUUUUAAUGGUACUGUAAACAGACACCUGGUGUCUCUGUAUCUUCAUUUUACACAAACAGACGUGUAAACACAGCAUGUCUGGGUCAUGGUUAACAAAUAAAGAUUUG